UACCACUGACGUCACGGCCCCUGCCUGGCGACGGGGACAAAAUGGCGGCGGGUCCGCGUCCUGAAGCUGCUCAUUCCCCGGGGUCCGGUCAGUGUCCGGGAUUUGGCCAGACCCCCGGGGCCGGUCAGUGUCCGGGAUUCGGCCAGACCCCGGGGGCCGGUCAGUGUCCGGGAUUCGGCCAGACCCCGGGGGCCGGUCAGUACAUGACGCCUGUUCUCCUGGGGUUUGCUGUUCUCUUGCUGAGCCGCUACCUCCUGAAGCGCAGGGUCCGGGAGCGGUGCAAGCUCCCCCCUGGACCAACCUGCUGGCCGCUGAUCGGCUCGCUGAUCUGUUUGGCUCGGAGACCUGGCUCCCGGAGCCAGCUCCCACCGCAUCUGUACCUCACCGCCCUCGGCAAGACCUAUGGAGAAAUUUGCAGACUGUACCUGGGCAGACGGCUCAUGAUAAUCCUCAAUGGCUUCCAGAUGGUCAGAGAUGCACUGCAGCAUAACGCCGAGGUGUUCUCCGAUAGACCCACCAUCCCUCUUAUCACCAUCAUAACCAAGCGUAAAGGAAUAGUUUUUGCUCCAUAUGGCUUGGUCUGGAAGCAACAAAGAAAGUUUUCCCUCUCGACCCUGAGACACUUUGGUUUCGGGAAACUUGAUCUGGAGCCAAAAAUCAUAGAGGAACUGCAGUUUGUGAAGUCAGAGUUUUCCAAUGCUAUUGGGACAGCCUUCUCUCCUUCUCAUGUCAUUCACAAUGCUGUGUCUAACAUCAUUUGCUCAAUGUGCUUUGGGAAACGGUUUGACUAUGAUGAUGAAGAGUUUAGAACCAUGCUGAAUCUAAUUGUCCGAGGAAUGAAAUUAGCAUCAAACAGCUCAGCAAUGCUCAUCAAUGUAAUUCCUUUACUUCAGUAUUUACCUUUGGGAUCCUUCAAGGAGGUUGCCCAAACAGUAAAAGAUGUAACUGCGUUCCUGAAAAACAUCAUCGAUCAGCACCAAAAGACUAUGGACCCUGAAAACCCACGUGAUUUUGUUGAUUUUUAUCUGAAAGAAAUUGACUAUCAAAGACAUAAAAAGCAAAAUACAAGCUUCAGUGAAGAUUAUUUAUUUUACAUAAUUGGGGAUCUCUUUGUAGCAGGGACAGACACGACAUCCAACACACUGUUGUGGGCUAUUCUGUUUAUGGCUGCUCAUCCAGAAAUUCAAGAAAGGGUUCACAAAGAGAUCAGCGCAGUUAUAGGUGAGUCAAGACCUCCUUCCCUCAAAGACAAACUUCAUAUGCCUUUCACAGAAGCAACGAUAAUGGAAAUUCAGCGCAUGACUACGGUGGUCCCACUUGCCAUUCCACAUAUGGCAUCAGAAACUGUUGACUUUAAAGAUUAUACUAUACCCAAAGGAAGCAUGGUGGUUGCAAAUCUGUGGUCUGUGCAUAGAGAUCCAAGCAUGUGGGAACAUCCUGAUGAAUUUAAUCCUUCUCGCUUCUUGAGUGCAGAUGGAAAUAUUGUGAAAAAUGAAGCAUUUAUGCCAUUUGGAAUAGGAAAACGGAUCUGUAUGGGAGAGCAGAUGGCAAAGAUGGAAUUGUUCCUGAUCUUCAGUACUCUCCUACAAUCAUUCUGCUUCAAACUUCCUGAAGGCACUGAUGCACCAAACAUGGCUGGCCAGUUUGGUCUAACAUUAUCUCCACAUCCUUUUAAAAUCAUUCCUGUCAUGCGAUAAACAACUGGGUGAAGCAAGUCAUGGUCUUCAUAGAAGUUGCAAUAUAAGCCAAAGAAGACCCUCUCUCUUAACUGUCUCUUUGUAUUAUGGUCAUUGGAACUCACUGACAGUUCAAUGUUGACAGUUUGGUUUGCAUAAGAUGCCAGUUUCUAACUUAAUAUCUUUAUUUGUGGUGUUGUGUGGCAUUAAAGGCAUUACAUUGCUGCUUCCUCUAACAGAACAGUUAGAAUCAACUCCAAAACACAUUCAAUCUCACUCCAUGUUUAUAUGCUUUUGUUCCUCUACAGAAUAUGGUCCAAUACUUGAACAUGUAUAAUUUUUUUGCCACCUUGGAUCUGAUAUUUCAACUUAAAGCAUUCAUGAUUAUUUUAUUUUGUGCUUCACCCUUAAAGAAUGACUACUAUUUAAAAUGAGCGUGUGAACAAACAAGGAAACAACUGUACUGUAAUACUGUUUUAUAUCUUUAUGAACGCGCUUGUCUUUCUUCAUUUAAUUGUUUGAGGAAAGAUAUAAGCUGUUGGAAAUGAAGGUCAUGUUGCUGAAGGAUUAUUUGUAUUCUUUACUAUGUUUACUGCUUUGGAUUUCUCCAAAGGAAAAAAAUAUCUAUUCUCUCUAGGAAAAGAUUGCAGCAAAUGGUUCACUUAGACAAUGCUUUCUUCCUGACGAAGUCACUUAUUAUCAUGGCUGAAAAACCUGUAUAUUCUGCGAAAGAUAUAAUAUGCACAUCAUGAAAGUAAAAUUAUGCUCAGUAAGACAGUUUUCAAAACAUAGCCAAAGUUUUAAAAAUUACAUCUACAGUGUUCUGCACACUGAUACGCCAGAUACUAAUCAGUCAAUGAGUUAGCAUUUGCAUUCAUGUCUACCAGAAGUAUGCAGAGUUCACAGGUCAUGUUGUUAAUCAAUGUGUAAUGCUGGUUUUGUACGAGUACUGCCAUUUUAAAAUUCGCUACCGGCCUACAAUCUCUCAUCCUUCUCCAACUGAGCAUGUAGUGAAUGUUCUAAAGGGUCUCUUUAUUCCUCUUCGUGCCGUAUUAUUUAAAAGGGUGAUUGAAUGCUGUCAUGUUACUUGGGUGAUUUUAUAGCUGUUACAAUUCGACACAUUUUUCACUUGCAUUUAAAGUUUCUGUAUAAAGAAUAAAGAACGGCACAGUACAGGAACAGGCCCUUUGGUCCACCACUUCUCUGUUGAUAUGUAACAUCUUUCUAAAUAAAGACCUUUUGCCUCUA